AUGACACUGUCAUCUGCAAACAGCAAAUGUGAAAUGGCAAGAGCAUGCCUACUAAUUUUAAGGCCAGUAAGUGAAUGGGUAAGUCAUGUUCAAGAGGUUCCCAAGAAAGGAGGCAUCACUGUGGUUGCCAAUAAGAACAAUGAGUUGAUUCCCACUCGUCAAGUGACGAAGUGGAGGGUUUGUAUUGAUUACCGAAGGCUGAAUUCGGUAACUAGAAAGGAUCAUUUUCCUUUGCCUUUCAUAGAUCAAAUGCUAGAUAAGUUGGCUGGACAUCAAUACCACUGUUUUCUUGAUGGCUAUUCCGGGUACAACCAAAUUUGUGUUGCACCGGAAGACCAAGAGAAGACGGCAUUCACUUGCCCAUACGACGUGUUUGCUUAUAAGAGAAUGCCAUUUGGGCUUUGCAAUGCCCCGACCACUUUCCAAAGGUGUAUGUUUGCUAUUUUCUCUGACUUGAUAGAGACUUGCAUCGAGAUUUUUAUAGAAGACUUCUAUGUUUUUGGUCCAAAUUUUGAUGCUUGUCUAGGGAAUCUAGCUUUGGUUUUGAAGAGAUGUCAAGAGACCAACUUGGUCUUAAAUUGGGAGAAGUGCCAUUUCAUGGUUAGGGAUGGCAUAGUGCUAGGACACAAGGUGUCUAAAAAGGGGAUUGAGGUUGAUAGAGCUAGGAUUGAAGUUAUUGAAAAGCUCCCUCCCCCAACUAACAUCAAGGAGUUCCACCUUGAGAUCAUUGACCGGAGAGGCAAGGACAAUGGAGUGGCAGACCAUUUGUCGAGAUUAGAAGGUGGGGCGUGCAACCCAAUACCUAUUCAAGAGGAGUUCCCGGAUGAGAAACUCCUAGCUGUUUGCACCGAGGAACCCCUACCCUGGUAUGUACAUUUUGCUAAUUUCCGUGUUGCUGGACUUAUUCCCCAUGACUUGACCUGGCAGCAGAAGAAGAAAUUUCUGCAUGAUACAAAAUCAUACCUCUGGGAUGAUCCUUUUCUUUUCAAAAUUUGUUCUGAUGGAGUCAUAAGAAGGUGCAUCCCAGAUGUUGAUUUUGAGAAAAUUCUUUGGCAUUGCCAUGGAUCAAGUUAUGGUGGACAUUUUAGCGGAGAGAGGACUGCUGCUAAGGUUCUCCAAAGUGGUUUCUAUUGGCCUACUCUACAUAAGGAUAGUAGAGCUUUUGUUGAGAGUUGUGAUAGAUGUCAGCGAACUGGGAACAUUUCAAGGAGAAAUGAGAUGCCCCUAAAAAAUAUUUUGGAAAUUGAGUUGUUUGAUGUUUGGGGCAUCGAUUUCAUGGGACCUUUCCCGCCUUCUUUUGGUUGCCAGCAUAUUUUAGUGGUUGUUGAUUAUGUUUCUAAGUGGGUUGAAGCCGCUGCACUCUCAACAAAUGACUCUAAGGUGGUGGUUGCUUUUCUGAAAAAUAACAUUUUCACUAGGUUUGGUGUCCCUAGGGCUAUUAUAAGUGAUGGGGGUACUCACUUUUGUCGCAGAGCUUUCGAGGCUCUUUUGGAAAAAUACGAGGUUAAGCACAAAGUGUCUACCCCCUAUCACCCUCAAACUAGUGGGCAGGUUGAGAUUUCUAAUCGGGAGUUAAAACGUAUUCUUGAAAAGGUGGUAGAUUCUUCCAGAAGGGAUUGGUCAAGGAAACUUGACGAUGCUUUAUGGGCCUACCGAACCGCUUUUAAAACUCCGAUUGGUACUUCUCCUUUCCACUUGGUUUUUGGGAAAGCGUGUCACUUACCUAUGGAAUUAGAACACAAGGCCUAUUGGGCCAUAAGGAAAUUGAAUUUUGAUUGGAAAGUUGCUAGCGAGAAGAGACUCUUGCAAUUGAAUGAGCUUGAUGAGUUUCGACUCCGAGCUUAUGAGAGUGCUAGCAUCUACAAGGAGAAGACAAAGAAAUGGCAUGACAGAAAGAUUUUGAAUAGAGAAUUUGUCUCAGGGCAAUUGGUGCUUCUCUUCAAUUCUAGAUUGAGACUCUUCCCUGGGAAACUUAAGUCUAGAUGGUCUGGACCCUUUGUGGUCAAGAAGGUGUAUCCUCAUGGUGUUGUUGAGGUUGAAAACCCAAAGACCAAGAAUACUUUUAUUGUGAAUGGGCAGAGGUUGAAAGUUUACCAAGGUGGUGAGGGAUUGAGAGUCUAA